AUGAUUACUGGAGAUCAAGCUUUGACAGCUUGCCAUGUUGCUGGCCAAGUUAAUAUUGUUUCAAAACCAGCACUAAUUCUAUGCACUACGAAGAACAGUGAAGGAUAUGAGUGGGCAUCUCCUGAUGAGAGCGAUAUUGUUGAGUACCGGGAGAAUGCAGUUGAAGCUCUAUCGGAGGCUUAUGAUCUUUGUAUUGGAGGCGACUGCAUUGAAAUGUUGCAGAAAACUUCUGGUAUUCUUAAAGUCAUUCCGCACGUAAAGGUAUUGCAAGGAUGUCUCCUGAGCAAAAGGAACUCAUAG